AUGUUGGUUGCUGCUAAAGACAAAGAAGUUAUCUCUGAGUUGAAGCAAAAGCUGAAUGAGAAGUUUGAGAUGAAGGAUCUCGGGCCUGCAAAGAAAAUUUUAGGCAUGGAGAUCUCACGGGACAGAGAAAAGGGUUUGUUAUGGAUAUCACAAGAAGGAUAUUUGUGUAAGGUUCUGGAGUUGUACAAGAUGGAGCAAGCAAAACAGGUUGUAACACCACUUGGGGCUCAUCUGAAGAUGUGUCCAGCCACAGAAAAACAGUUGCGUGAUGAUGCAGAUUUCAUGAAGUCUGUUCCGUAUUCAAACGCAGUCGGAAGCCUCAUGUAUGCGAUGAUCGGAACCAGACCAGAUCUAUCUUAUCCAGUGGGAAUCAUCAGCCGGUUUAUGAGUAAACCCAUCAAGGAGCAUUGGCUUGGAGUCAAGUGGGUGUUGAGAUACAUUAAAGGAACCUUAAAGAACAAGCUGUGCUAUCGCAAAGGCUCUGAAUUCAUUCUUAAGGGCUAUUGCGAUUCUGAUUAUGCUACUGAUAUGGACAAGAGAAGAUCAAUCAGUGGGAUGGUUUUCACUCUUGGAGGAAACACGAUCAGUUGGAGGUCUGCGUUACAGAAGGUGGUAGCUCUGUCCACCACAGAAGCUGAGUAUAUGUCACUCACUGAAGCUGUCAAAGAAGCAAUUUGGCUGAAGGGUCUGUUGAAAGAUUUUGGCUAUGAGCAGAAAAGUGUUGAGAUUUUCUGUGAUGCUCAAAGUGCCAUAGAUCUCUCGAAGAACAACGUGCAUCAUGAAAGAACCAAGCACGUUGACGUGAAGUACCACAAGAUCCGUGAAGUAAUCGCCGAUGGAAUUGUGGAGGUGCUGAAGAUAUCUACCCUGUGUAAUCCGGCUGAUAUCUUCACCAAAAUCUUGCCUGUCAGUAAGUUUCAAGCUGCGCUGAACUUGCUGAGAGUCAAGUCUGAGGGGAGUUUUGUUGUUCUUAGUAUUGAAGAUCAAGUCAAAAUCCGUUUAACACAUAAGGCGUGGAGAAGAAGCAAUGCCAGCUCAUCCAAUCAGCCACGUAUUUCAGUCUCUGCAGGACCACAAACAAGAAGCUGUUUUGCCGCUGCAAUAAAGCAAAAGCAAGUUUGUCCCAUUCCAACUCAAGAUAAGGACGAGUGCGGCAGCUUCGUGGAAGGAGCAGAUGGAGACUAG